AUGGAUCGAAACGGUAUGUCGGAUCCGUAUGUGAAGCUAUGCAUUUUACCGGAACGAAAACAGAAAUACGAGACGAAGAUCAUUCGAAACACACUGAACCCGAUCUACAACGAGACGUUUUUGUUCCCGAUACCGUUUAACGAGCUGCAAUCGAAGACAUUACUGUUGACCGUCUACGAUUAUGAUCGAUUAUCGAAAGACGAUCGAGUGGGACAAUUAUUGAUUCCACUUGGAUCAAUCGAUUUCGGAACAACUACAGAGAUAUGUCAGCGUCUUUGCAAACCCGAGAACGAUGACGACGUGAGUUAG